GGAACAUAUCAAUCUUCCACAAAUGAUGAAAUUCAUUCGUUAAGGUCACUUUCAUCGUGUUCGGUGCUCAUUCUGUGACUGGAAACGACUGGACGACUAGCAUAUGUAAAAUAAAACCGAUUUAACUUCACGAUUUUGAGGAUUAAAAGAUGUCCAAUCCGCCCAGCAAAGAUUUACGAGAUGGGGGCUGCUGCACGUCGAGCAAGUCAAAUUUGGCCAUCGUUAUGGAACAAGCUUUGAUAACACCUGGUCCAAACAUUGUCGCCACCGUGGUGCACUUGACCUUUCCACCAGGCGACGUCGGCUCAGAUCCCCACACGCACCCCGGUCCAGUUGUAGGAUACGUGCUCGAAGGAGAAUUCCUAUUUCAGGUGAAUGAGGAACCCUGUCGAGUAAUUAAGGCAGGUGAAGCCUUCCACGAAAAGGAUGGUGACGUUCAUGUCUGGUCUGCAAAUGCAUCGAAUUCCACGACGUGCAGGGUUGUCGCAACCUUGUGGGGAAGCCCAGGUGAACCCAUUCUCACGUAUGUUGAGGGUUAUCCUCGUGUAAGCAGGGAGAAGGCGUUGGAAGUUGCAGUUAGAGGAAAUUGAAGCUAACGUGAUGUGUCAAUUUGACUUUAUGUUUUUAAAAUUAAAUUAAAAACACAUUUAUUACUUGGAUUAAAUGCAAUUUAUUAAAUUUCUGAGUUAA